UCCAAUUCCAACACCCCCGUCACCCUCUCCCCCCGGCUCCCUUUGUUCCAUUCCUCCAUCCCAUCCCAUUUCCAGCUCCUCGCGCGUUCCUUCCGCCCGCCUGCUUCCCCUCCGGGCCCGGCAGCGGCGGGAGGAGCCGAGCCGACCGAGAAGGCCGGGCAGGGGAUCGGAGGACCGCCCUACAUCGCCGCCCGGCGGAUGUCGGAUCGGGAGCUCCGCCCGCUGCGCGCGAUCAGAAUCACAGGGGACGGCCGAUGCCUGUUCAGGUCCGUUGCUUACGGCGCAUGCUUGAGGAGAGGAAAGCAGUCACCCAGCGACAGCGCGCAGAAGGAACUGGCUGACGAGCUUCGAGCGAAAGUGGCUGAUGAGUUUGUCAAGAGAAGAGGAGACACUGAAUGGUUCCUUGAAGGAGAUUUCGAGAGCUACGUGCGAAAGAUGAGAAAACCGCAUGCUUGGGGAGGAGAACCUGAACUGCUCAUGUGCUCCCAUGUUCUCAGGAUGCCCAUCACGGUUUACAUGUAUACAAGCAGCUCCGAUAGCCCCAGGAUCAUAGCGGAAUAUGGCCAGGAAUAUGGCAAGGACAAUCCAGUCCGCGUUCUCUAUGACGGCUAUGGGCACUACGACGCUCUUCAGCCAUCUCUUGUAAGAACACAAUCAAGACAGAGAGGUGUGUAGAUAACCGGAGAUUGCGUUAUCUGAGCUUCUUCUAUAGGACAGCUGCAUAAGUGGCAGCAGCUCAAGAUUCACCGACGUGGUUUUGCCCGGAUUGACAAACAUAUGCAGUAGCGCACAUAUGAAAUUCAGCCUCGAUUGGCUGCUCUGGCCUUUCCUUUUCUUCAAGGAUUGAUGUAUAAAUAAACUUCAGACGCAGUAAGAAAAUUAAUGGAAUGGCCUUAUACCAUUUUUAGCUUA